UCUUGUGGUUGAAUAUUUAAUUUUGUGAAGAGUAAAAGGAAGUUUCAACAUGAAGAGACUAUAUGGUCAAUCUAAAGAAUUCCCAAUUCAUAAGCCCUAAUUUUAUAAUUUCAACCCAAAAUCUUCAGAAACACAAAUAUGUGCAUAGCUGUGUUCGCAUGGAAAUUUCACCCAAUCUACCCCUUCAUUUUACUGCUCAACAGAGACGAGAACUACAAUCGGCCGACGACGCCGUUGGGGUGGUGGCAGAACGGCUCAAUACUCGGCGGAAGAGAUGGUCAGGCCGGCGGAACCUGGCUGGCUUGCAGCAGGGACGGGAAGCUUGCGUUUCUCACCAACGUCAGGGAAGCCCCACCCCGUCCACAGCUCAAAAGCAGAGGAGAUCUCCCCGUUCGCUUCUUCACGAGUAGGAAAAGCCCCAAAGAAUUUGGUGAGGAAGUGAUGGAAGAAGCGAACCAGUUCAAUGGGUUCAACCUAAUCGUAGCUGAUCUUUGCUCAAUGAGCAUGGUUUAUAUCACUAAUAGGCCUAUGGAUGGUGAUCUCUGUGUGAAGGAAGUUUCUUCUGGUAUUCACGUGCUGUCGAAUGCAAAGCUCGACACGCCAUGGCCUAAGGCUGAAAGAUUAAGACGUGGCUUCGCAGACGUGCUGGGAAAAUUUUCCGAGGCAGAAAUCUCGUUGAAAGAGAUAACCAAAAUGGUCAUGAACGACACCACUAAAGAUGAAAGCGAGCUCCCUGGCAUUUACUCGCGUGAGUUCGAAUACUGCGCGAGUGCCAUUUUCGUGGAGGCAGAUACAGCUUUGGGACGAUACGGCACACGAAGCACCUCGGCGGUGGUUCUAACAACCGGCGGAGCUGUAACCUUCUACGAAACUUACCUAGAAAAUGAUGCGUGGAGGGACCGUACAGUAAACUUCAGUAUUGAAACGGAUAGGGCUGCACCAUAAUUUGGCCAAGCAGUCCAUGUAUGAUCUGUAUUCACUCUCUUGAUCCUCUUCUUUUGUGUUAGUUAUUGUGGAAGCAUGGUUGCUUCAUAUGGUGUUUUUGGUUGAGCUUAUUUUAGAGGCUUAAAAAGCUCCAAUAGUUUAUAAAUGUUUUAAAAAUUUAUAAAACAUAAUAUUUGAAAA